UCCGAACGGAAGUCUGUUUGUCUGUCUGGGAAGAAACCUUGGACAAUCGAUUCACGGUGCGCCGGAGAGAGUUGGUGGAUUGUGUGGAAAAAAGCGGAUCUCCGGACUAAUAACACGAGGACCAAAAGCAAUCACCGGUGUUGGCACGAAAUUACAGAGAUCCGCAUAUUCAUUCAAAAAGCAGUAAAAUAUUGGUUUUUAUGAAGAAACGGAAUGACACAGUGUUAUCCAUCCGAGCAAUUGUGAAGUGCAGUGAAGAAACAGUUCUGGUUCAGAAAUUGUGCAUUUAUGUUGAGUGUUUUAGUGGAUUUUAAACCAUGGAUACUGAGAAGACGCCUCUAGAAGAUGGUAUACGCACGCGACUGCUGCACCGAUUUAUACUUCUGUGUCUGAUAGUGGUUACUUCCUUUGCGAUGAUGGUAAUAUUCAUCUUUCUGAUGGGCUUGCUGAUGGCCCCCACGAAUUCAGAUCCCAACCAGAUACCCCUAGCUGGAAAAACAUUCCGAAUAGUUUACCGCCAGGAAACACAUCCACAGCCCGAAAGCAUAUCCGAGAAGGUGCUGGAGAGCGUCCGGAAUCUAAUCGGACUCAGCAAAGAGCACAAAUACCGUCGCAAACGCGGCUUGGAGCGGGAAAAUCGCAUCCAUCUCGUGGAUCACAACCAGCUGGAUAAGGAUGAAGAAUCCGCGGAGGCCCGCGGCUUAGGCUUCGAUGAGUUGCUGCAACGAUUCGUAAGGACGAAUCGAUCAUUGAAGAUCGAUUACCCAUCGAUGGGGGUGGAUGUCGAUCGACAUAACGGCAUCAUUCGGGCAUUGAGUAACCGGAGGAAACGCAGCACCGAACUGGACGGAUUGUACAAGCGCAAGAGACGCUACGCGAUAGAGUACGAAAAGCUGGAAAGUCAGUACAGCCGCUGCAAGAAGGCAACACCCCACGAGAAGGAGUGCGACAAAAUUUACGACAAGCUGAAGAAACUUUCGGAAGAGAUCAACAAGAAUUUCCAGGAGAUGACCAAUUUGAUAAAGGACUUCAAGGAGAAAGACAAGAAGAAGGAUGGCGAUUUGGUGCAUGAGCUGGACGAUAGUUUUCCGAAGAAAAAAGAUAAAAAGAAGAAAAAGAAAAAGGAUGAUGAUUCGAAGGAAUCAGAUGAGAAGGAAGAACGGAAAACUUACAAGAAAGAUAAACCAGUGCUUGAUGUUGAGGGUACAACUGAAUCGCUUGCCAGCAGCAGUACCUUACCAAAAACUAACGAGACUACCGAGCUGGAUGAAGCUAUGGCAAGCGAUUCAACGUCGCAACCCCCAUCGACUACUUCUACACUGUCUGUUGGAACAACUGAACAUUCAGAAGAGAAUGCAACAGUAGCAUAUGAUACAGCUUCAACUUCAACAUUGAUUUCAACAACGGAUUCACACUCGGACCACGGUGAAUCCACCGAUCAUUCUCUGGAUGAAUUGAUCAAAGCAAUGCGUUUGGCAGAGCAAAAAGGUACAACGACACGUGGCCCAUACGAACCAGCCAGUCAUCGUCCAGUCACGAAAGAAUGCGUCACGAAUCUAGACGAACUCCUGCAAACCGUUGAUGAGUUCAAAUCUGUCAACACUACGAAGAAAAAUUGUACAAAAACAACAACGGAACCCACCUACCUACCUAGUGAUCUACGGAAUCUACACCAACAGCCGCCAAAAGAUCAAGAGCAAGGCAUGCAAACGGAUGACAUGUUCUCCAGUCACAUUGGUCAACCUUCGCUCCCGAUCCACGAAGACCUGGCCGGGGAAGCGCAAGCUGUUCAUGAGUUCGUAAUGGAUCGUUCACGCAACCGUUUCCAACAUAACCACGAUCGCUCCUCCACCGAAGAGCUUCCCCAAAGUAUUAUCGAUCCACCUAAUGUUCAAAUGAGCAAUCCCGUUUCUCCUACCAUCGCCGGUGAUGCUUUUUUGAAGUUGUGUGAUCAGGUGCGUUCCCAGAAUCAACAGGACCCAAUCAGAACCCUCACCAGCUAUCGAAACAACUUCCAAGCGCAACAAUACGGUGGACUUGGUCACACCAGCAUACCCGCCUCUGGGGAAACCCUCAAGGCAUCCUCGCAAAUGAUGUUCAACUCCGCCUACGCUGGCUACGUGCCGAACCACUUCUGCAUCUACCAGAUUCCCCCUGCGUACGGAGUCGUAAGACCGGUCUAUCCUGGAGGAGGUCAAACCCAUCCGGGAGGUAAGUUGCAAAUGCUUAGCGGCUCGACUUACGCCGGACAACCGCAGUUUGUCCAGCCUAACCUAUUGACCGAUCUCAAUCUCGAGUCGAUCAUUGAACCGCGCGUUGAUAUGGAAGGAAUCAUCAAUGUGCCGGUGAGCAUUCAGAAUCUUCCGGUGCGACGCAAUAUGGGUGAGCCGGACACACAGAACGCCCAACUUAUCUGCAGCAUUGUGCAGCAGAGCACUCCGCCGACAAAUACCAACCUCCCGGUUGAACCGGUGACCGAGAGUAUCAAAGAUUCAGCGCUAAGGACGACCGUCCUUCUUGACACGUCAACCGACCCAACCGCUCAAAAUGAAUCGGACCAUUCGGAUUUGUUCCGAGCGCGGGGUCAUCUUCGACGACACUGCGUAAGGGGUUGGAUUCCUUGUGCCAACGGUCAACAGUGUAUCCGAAGUAGCGAGUGGUGUGACUCAAAAACACAUUGUCUGGACGGUAGCGACGAGAGACACUGUUCGUGUCUAACGCGUUUGUCGAAGAAACGUUUCUGCGAUGGUUACAUAGACUGUCCCUUCGGCGAGGAUGAAAUGGGAUGCUUCGGGUGCGAUAAAUUCUCGUUCUCGUGUUUCAACAGCGAGGAUGAGCACGGACAGGCACACAAAUCGGGCCCGAUGUGCUACACAACGAUCGAAAAGUGUGACGGUUUCGACAACUGUUUGAAUCGAAAGGAUGAACUGGAUUGCACAAUGCUGGUGAAGGAUUUGGGUAGUCCACUGGCGUUCGCGGUGGGCUAUUCCGCCGGAAUCCUGCACCGGAACCACAAGGGUAAGUGGUUCCCGGUUUGCGACAAUCCGAUCACUCUCGCAAGGGAAGCCUGCGAGCACGAACUUGGUCCCUUGGAUCAUGAACCACUGAUCACACAACGCCAGGGACACUUGACGGGACCCUUCAUCCAACAGAGUCCCCACAGUCAGCACGUUUUCCAGCCAGAGUUCACCGACACCUGCAAUGGGAUGUUCAAUUACGUGAAGUGUCCUGUACCGAAAUGUGGAACCAGCAAAUUGAAUGAAUUCCCGAGCGCCCGUAUUAAGAUCAGAAACAAACGGAAUGUUACGGACGAUGAAAAUGUGGAAUCAGUGCGAAUCGUCGGUGGUGUGGAUGCUGAAGCGGGUGCGUUUCCCUUCAUUGUGGCGAUUUUCCGGGAUGGAAAGUUUCACUGCGGUGGAAGUAUUUUCAACGAACACUGGAUAAUCUCCGCUGCCCACUGUUGUGACAACUUCCAGAAUCACUACUACGAGCUGCGCGCGGGUUUACUGAGGAAGAAGAGUUUUGCCCCACAGGUACAGGUGGCAAAGGUUACCCACAUCAUCGUACACCACGGGUAUAGUGCGACCAAGAUGAUCAACGAUAUAAGCUUGAUGCGUACGGAGCGCCCCUUCCAUUACAAUCGCUGGGUUCGGCCGAUUUGUUUGCCCUCGAAGCACCGGACGACGGGUGAUCGCGACUGGAUGUGGGGCCCGAAGGCGGGUCAUCAGUGCACUGUGACCGGGUGGGGUGCGCUGAGGGAGAGAGGAGGAAUUCCUGACCAUUUGAAGGAAGUUUCUGUACCAAUCCUGAGCUACUGCAAGCACAAAAACGACCGCGAAGGCAUGGAAAUCUGCGCAGCGACCGACGGAGGCGGUUUCGAUGCCUGCCAGGGUGACUCCGGGGGUCCGUUCAUCUGCCCUAGCCAUUCCGAUCCCCACGAGUGGUAUCUUGCCGGGGUGGUAAGCCACGGAGAGGGCUGUGCCAGGGCAAACGAACCCGGUGUGUACACCCGGGUUGCACUGUUCAUAGACUGGAUUCGCUCAAAAACUCACGAUCCGCUGCCAGCUGUAACGACCUCGCUGAGCUGUCCCGGAUUCCACUGCUCCUGGGGAGCUCCCUUCUGUUUGCCGGCCUCGAAGCGAUGCAACGGACACGUGGAGUGUCUCGGGGGUGAGGAUGAGAGCGACUGUCCGAUGGAUAGCCUGCUGGGAGUUAUGAUGGAUGCGGUUGCGAAUGAGACAGCCACCGGGAAUAACUCUUCAUUGAAGGUAGCAGAUGCUACAGCAACGAGUACAUCGACGAUUCCAAUCGAUAUAAUCCCAACUGUAGCUACAGUUGUAUCUACCAUAAGCUCAACUUCAGUAAGUUCGCGUGAGAUAUCCACCAAAGCUGCUGUCAAUGGCUCUCGCGAGGCAGAUGCGAACAGUGAAGUGGAAAUCGUUGGAAGCGCUAAGUUGUCAUCGUUCGCCGAUAGCGUAAGCUCUACGACAAUGUCUCAAAGUACCUUGGAGACAUUACACACUGUUAGUGAAGAACCCACUACAAGUCCUUCAACUGUGUCCCAGAGUACCGUACGCGUAGAAACGGUUACGAAAUGUUCAACAAAGGUCCGAAAUACAACGGAAGCGUUGAGUACUGUCAGCGAAGAACCCAUUUCGAGUGCAACGACAAUAGCAACAACAUCCAGCGAACCGAUUUGGACCCUAGCGAAUAAAACGAUGUCGGAAGUGAAACAUUUCUUCACGGAUCACUUCCGGUCUGGUACAAAUGACACCGGCCUCAACCACACCGCUGAUGCUCUUGGGGACGACAUGGAACACGGUGCAUCCAAUGUGCAUCUGGCAACCGAACCCGCACACGAGCAUCCGUUCUUCCGUGAACUUGUCGAUAUGGAGGAUACGAAACAGAAAACACUCAAUCGAUUCCGCAUAGCGACACAUAACCUUCACACGUCACUCAGUAAUCGAUCGGAGCUGACGCUGAACGAAACCAGUCGGUACAGGCGAUUCGUGUGUAAAAAGAUCCACCAAACGAUCAAUGUGGCUCACCACUGCGACCGGGUGAUCGACUGUGAGGAUGGGACGGAUGAGAUGAGCUGCACGUGCCGAGAUUACCUGCGGGAUAAGUACAACUUUUUGAUUUGUGACGGAAAAACCGACUGUUGGGAUCUCACCGAUGAGUUGAACUGCUUGCAAUGCGGUGCAGGGAAGUACCCCUGCCGGAUGAGCAAUGUUUGUAUUGAUGAGAAACAACUGUGCGAUAGUCAUCCGGAUUGUCCGCUCCAUGAAGACGAGCUGGAUUGUCUCGCCCUUACCGAUGGUCAUAAAAUUUACUUCGAUGCGAAUAAUCUCUCAAUGUUCAAAUACGAGGGUCUGGUGACAAGAAACACAAGAGGAACUUGGAAUGUAGUUUGUGAUGUGGAGGUCACCAAUCGCACAGCCGAUUCUGUCGGGAAGAUAUGCUCUUUUCUAGGAUUUGCUGGCUAUCGAAACUACUCCCAGAUCACGUUGGAACCUCAUCAAAGCGAUCCUACCACCGACAGCAGUUUUCUGGUCCAACAGGCUUCAUUCAUCAAGUCCUAUCGGAACAUUUCCGCGAAGGCAAACUGUAAUGCUCUGCACGUGAUAUGCGUUCCAUACAUCAAUGCUACCCAACAAGAAAUCAGUCAUUUCGCAAACGAAAACAAGCAAAAGCCGGUACAAGUCAACAUAAAACCGUUGAAUCCAAUCGACAGGCCACACUUGCAGCCGCACAUAACCUUCCACGAGAACGCCCACAUACAGCUGAUCGAGAACUUCGGCGACGAUUACGACUGGCCGUGGCAUACGGACGUCUACCUGGACGGUCGAGUUCUGUGCCGUGCGAUAAUCGUCGAUGCCAACUGGAUCAUCGUGGACAGUUCGUGUAUGCGGUUGAUCAAUCUUAAGAUUGACUAUAUCUCGGUGGUGGCGGGUGGAGCGAAGUCGUAUCUUAAAAUCGCCGGUCCGUACGAGCAGGUGUUGCGGGUGGACUGUUACCAUUACAUACCCGAUGCGCGAGUGGUUCUGCUACAUCUGGAGAAGCAGCUCAGUUUCACCCGGCAUGUGUUGCCAACGUUCAUUCCGGAGAAAAAUCACACCAUCGAGGAGAACCAAUGUCUGGCCGUUGGACAGGAUAAACUGGGGAGAACCCGGACGGUGGGAGUGCAUCUCAACAUGACCGGUUGCAGGCCCGCUAUGCAUGUUUGCUACCAGCUCAAUUCAGAGCAUGGCUUCUAUGAAGCAGAUCAUUGCGAUUCGGAAGUCGCAACCCGAUCGGGAGUGGUAGUGUGUAAAACCCCUCUCUCAGGAUGGUACCCAGUGGGGUUCUUCAGAAACAAGCGAGGUCUGUGUGGGUUUAACAAACCCGUUGAAAUGAUCUCGCUGAAGGCAUUCUACCCCGAAAUACAGCAUGUUUUAAGCCAUCAGAAGUGUGACUACGAUUUUGUGGCACCUGUCUGUACGGGGAUGCGUUGUCGAUACGGAAAGUGUGUCGAAAAGUUACACGUGUGUGAUGGCAAACAAGACUGCCUCGACGGUGCGGAUGAGAAUCCCACGAUGUGCGCCACGAUGAACCAGAACCAGACGGCGGGCUUUUGUUUAACAGAGGAGUUUCGCUGUGCGAACGGAAGGUGUAUGGACAAGAGUAAAUUUUGUGACGGACGGAACGAUUGCGGUGAUCUGUCGGAUGAACCCAACGAAUGCUCGUGUUACACUUACUACAAGGCAACCAACCCAACGAAAAUUUGCGACGGAGUCCGCAACUGUUGGGACAAAUCGGACGAAAAUCCACGGCUGUGCAAGUGUCAAGAAACAAACUUCCGCUGUGGAGAGAGCGGAGCCUGCGUCCCGCACGACCAUGUUUGUGAUGGGGACAAUGAUUGUCCCGGAGGGGAGGAUGAACGUUACUGCUAUGCACUUCAACAGAACCCGGAACAAUCAAAUUACGGCGAGGUGAUGCAGCAAAGCUUCGGCAUAUGGCACUCGAAGUGCUUCCCGAAGGACGUCAAGUACGACGAUGAAAAUAUACGGCAAAUUUGCGAAAGCAUAGGCUACCAUCGAACGGCGAAAAUAUAUGGUCGAAAAAUGCAACACGGCGAUGCUACCGGGAGGAUGGCCAACAGCUCGACAGAUGAUCCAGUUGAGAAAACGCGGAGUGUACCCACCAAAGCCGUGGUGUUGAACAAAUUCUCCAAGGUGGUAAUCAACCCGAAGCAGUCAUUCUUCAUGAAACCCAGUCGACCGAUGUUCAAGCUGGUGAAUUGGAGCUAUGAAGAUGAGAUGAAUUGUGAUCGGUUAGAAAUAAAUUGCGGGGACUGAGCUGG